GCAACUUUGAUAGACUUUCUCCACCCACCCUGCUAUCAAAGAAAACAGAGGAAGUCUCUCACUCGCAUUAUUGCACUUGAACUGACCAUUAUAGGACGGCAUCAUAAAUAAUACGCUAAUUAUUCAAAAUUAUCCUUCGUUUGCUAUAAAAUAGAAUGAGCUAGAGAGAGGGUAAAGCAGAAGGCAACCAUACAGAAAUGGAUCAACUCACCCUUUUGCUUCUAAUAUCCUUCAUCUUCGUAAUCUCUCUCUUCAUCCGUCGCAGCCGAAGCUCCCAAUCUGCUAAGAACCCACCGGGUCCAUGUCCUCUUCCUAUUAUAGGAAACAUCUUAGAACUUGGCACUCUGCCUCAUCAAUCACUCGCUAGUCUUUCAAGAACUUAUGGACCUGUUAUGUCUGUAAAGUUCGGAAGAACAACCACCAUAGUUAUUUCUUCUCCAAAAGUGGCCAAAGAAGUUUUGCAGAAAAAAGACCAUGCUUUCUCUUUUAGAACAAUCCCAGAUACCAUUAGGGCACUUGACCAUGAUAACAUUUCAGUGGUUUGGAUGCCUCCAAUGUCGCAGUGGAGAGUCCUCAAAAGAAUUUGUGCCACGGAAGUGUUCUCCUGGCAGAGACUUGACGCAACACAAAGUCUUCGUCAAAGACAGCUGAAAGAACUGGUAAAUCAUGUAAGUGAAUUCUGCAGAAAAGGUGAAGCUCUGGAUAUUGGCGAUGCUGUUUUUACUACAGUGCUUAAUUCCAUAUCAAACACUUUUUUCUCAAUGGAUUUGGCUCUUUAUACUUCCGAUAAGUCUCAAGAGUUUAAGGAUGUUAUAUGGGGUAUCAUGGAGGAAGCUGGAAGGCCUAAUAUUGUGGACUUUUUCCCAGUUCUUCGUGUACUUGAUCCACAGGGUGCACGUGCAAGGAUGAUAGGUUAUUUUGCAAAGCUGAUUGCAUUUUUUGAUGGUCUCAUAGAAGAGAGGUUGCAACUCAGAGGCUCAGAAACGGAAUCCAAGAGAUUCAACGAUGUGUUGGACUCCUUGAUUCAGCUUAUGAUGCAACAGAAUCCACAAGUUAGCCGAUCUCAAGUGUUGCACUUAUUUUUGGAUUUAUUUGUUGCUGGGAUAGACACAACGUCAAGCACAAUAGAGUGGGCAAUGGCAGAGUUAGUACGCAACCCAGAAAAACUGAAAAAGGUCAGAGAAGAACUGAAACAGGCAACUAAUGAAGGGGAGCAGCUUGAGGACUUUCAUAUGUCAAAGCUUCCAUUUUUGAGGGCAGUUGUGAAAGAAACAAUGCGUUUACAUCCAUCACUACCGCUUCUGGUACCCCAUAAAACAGAAGAUGAAGUACAGUUAUGUGGCUGCUUCAUGGUUCCCAAAAAUGCACAAGUUCUUAUUAAUGUGUGGGCUAUUGGAAGAGAUCCCAGUGUAUGGGAUGACCCAAAACAAUUCAUGCCUGAAAGGUUUUUGGCCAAUGAAAUUGAUUUUAAAGGGCAUGAUUUUGAGCUCAUUCCUUUCGGAGCCGGUAGAAGAAUUUGCCCCGGAUUGCCUUUGGCUAAUAGGACUAUCCACGUUGUACUGGCUUCUCUUUUGUAUCAUUUUGAUUGGAAGCUGGCUGAUGGGCUUAAGUUUGAAGAUAUGGAUAUGAGUGAGAUGUAUGGGAUUAGCUUACACAAGGCUAUACCUCUGAACGCUAUUCCCAUUCAAGCUUAGAUGCUCAUUAUUUCGUAUGUUGGUGAAGGAUAUAUAUGGUAGAGGAACUGGUAUAAUGUUUUUUUUUUUUGGGGUUUUAGAGUAAUGUCUAUUACUUCUAAUGGGGCAAUUACGUCGUAGUGAAUACAUGGGCAUAUGGGAAGAAUAAGCCUUCCUCCUAUUAUGAAAAUUAAUAUAAGUAUCUAUGUGUGUAUUGUGUUAGAUAUUUUUGACACCACUAUUUUAAAGAUUUUGAA